GUGUCUGAAGGAUUUUAAAGGCAGAGUUCAAAAAGUCCCGAGUCUCAAUGAGUUAGUUCAGAACCGAAAGAAAUAAUUACACAAUUCCGAUGAGAAAAUGGAAUCAUCUCUAACGACUCUUCUCUGCGCUCUCUUUCCGGCGAGAUUCUCCUUCGACGCUUGCGAAGAAAGCCCUCGGAUUAUGCUCAGAGACUUGGCCGCCAGAGAAUUCAACGCCUUCCUUUGGAUUUCCCUCAUCGCCAUCACUGCUCUCUUGAUAUCCGAAGUUUUCAAGCUUCUCAGGCUAUGGCGGAAGGGAAAAUGGAUUCCCGGUCCUCCUUGCCCCUCUUUCCACGGCCACGGCAGUCUCAUCUCUCGCGAAAACCUCACCGACGUUUUAUCGGAAUCGCAUGAGAACUAUGGAUCGGUGGUGAAGCUGUGGUUGGGCCCGACUCAGCUUUUGGUGUCAAUAAAGGAUCCCAAUCUUAUCAAAGAGAUGCUUUUUAAGGCUGCAGAUAAAUUGCCUUUGACUGGGAGGGCUUUUCGUUUGGCUUUUGGACGAUCCAGUCUUUUUGCUUCCUCUUUCGAUAAGGUGCAAAAGAGAAGGGAAGCAUUGAUGACAAACUUAAGUGAAAGAUUGCUUGUGAGGGCAAAUGUGAUUCCUGGGAAGGUCGUGGAAUGCAUAAUGGAGAGAAUACAAAAAUCCAUGGCCAAAGGUAGUGUUGAUUGUAGAAUGGUUUCUCAACACAUGGCUUUUACCAUAUUGGGAACCACACUCUUUGGAGAUCCUUUUUUAGCUUGGUCUAAGGCCAGUGUUUACGAGGAGCUCCUUAUGAUGAUUGCUAAGGAUGCAUGUUUCUGGGCUUCGUAUAAUGUUACCCCAUUCUGGAAGCGAGGGUUUUGGAAGUACCAGCAGUUAUGUACAAAGCUGAAACGCUUAACUCAGGAUAUUAUUCAACAAUGCAGAAGAAGUUGCAAGAUAUUUCAUUGCAUGGAUGAUGACCACUGUAAUGAAACGGCAGGCACAGGAAAGAAUGCUUCAUAUGGUGCAUCGUAUUGCUCUGAUGGUGUAAUUCCAGAGAACUUUUUCUUUCAUGAGUUUAAAGGCCAUAUGAAUGAGAGAGAAGAUGAACCAUCCAGUAAUAUUAUGGGCAUGAUGUUUCAUGGAUGCCUGACCACAACGGGCUUGAUUAAUAAUAUCUUGAUGAGGCUUGUCACACACCCAGAAAUACAAGAUAAGAUUUACACAGAGAUUACUUUGGCACAGAAAGAUUCAAUGACACCAGUUGAACAAAAUGUUGAUAAGAUGCUCUUAUUAUUGGCAACUGUUUAUGAAUCUGCCCGACUUCUGCCAGCUGGACCUUUGCUUCAGAGAUGUUCUCUUGAUCAUGACUUGAAUCUUGAAACUGGUGCGACCAUACCAGCUGGUGCAUUGCUGGUUGUUCCUGUACAGCUGUUACAGAAGGAUGGUUCUAGUUGGGGAAGUGAUGCUGGUGAAUUUAAUCCAUAUCGCUUUCUUUCAAAGACGAGGAAGAGAUCUAAUUUGGUGAACACUUCAUUUUCAGAACAAACAACAGAUCUUGAAGAGGGCACCUUUGUUUUGAAUGAUCCAAAUGAGAAUGCAGCAUUCCUGCCCUUUGGUUCUGGUAUACGUUCCUGUGUUGGCCAAAAGUUUGUUAUCCAAGUAGUAGCGACAUUUUUCGCAUCACUGCUCAAACACUAUGAGAUAAAGCUCCCAGCGCAAGCCCAGAGUAAUGAAAAACCAAAAAAGAACAACUGCGGGUUCCAGCUUCUUCCGAGCACGGAGAUCGUUUUUCUCAGUAGGAGCAGCUGAAAGAAAAAAGGAGACAGAGAUCCUUCCUCCUGGAUAAGUGUUUUUAUAUAUACUAUUUUGUUUCCUUGUUUUUUUUAAAAUGUUUGAUGAGGGAAGCUCUCUUUUACUCGUUUGCGGACUAAGUUGAGGAUAUUACAUGAGUAUGGAAUGUUUGACUCCAUGUUUUUUUCCUCUCUUUUGAAGAUAUCCCAGGUGCUGUGAGUAUGCUGUCACCGUUUUUUUUUUUUAAAGAUGUUUUUGAAGCACACUAGGGCUAUUAUUGCUGCAGAGACCUCUAUUAUGUUUUCCCUCGUUGUAUUUGUAACUCAGAGACCUCUUAAUUGACGUUUUUUACUCCUUGGAAGGAGUUAUUUCAUACUGUCACAGAAUAUGUACAAAUAUGGAAUUGGUUGUUGUAGUAUUACUGAAGUUGUGUAAAUUCCAAGAAUAAAAAGUGACGUUUUAUACGC